AUGUCUCAAUCACCGCCAACUUACGCCGACCAACAGGCUUGGAGAGACAUCCAGGCCUACCUCCCUCCCCGGCUACACUUCACCCCUGAGCACUCUCCCAUCGAAGAGUUCUGGUCUCACCGCGGGCAUAAAAUUCACCUCGAUCGAUGGCCCAACCCUUCCUCAAAGGUCCGCCUCAUCCUCCACCAUGGAGUCGGAACGAACGGCCGUCAAAUGUCCCUCAUUCUCGGAGUGCCAUUGCAUACCGCUGGCUUCGACCUAGUCGCCAUAGAUAUGCCGGGCUAUGGAUGUACACAAGUCUCUCCGAAUAACAAGAACUACUCAUACGAUGAAUGGGUCCAAAUAGCGAGCGACUUUAUCGACCACGAGUUGCAGAAUGAUCCUAGGCCAAUAGUAUUAUAUGGUCUAUCGGCAGGCGGCAUGCUCACCUACCACGCUGCGGCGAAAAGCAAAAAGGUCAAGGGCAUCAUAGGAAUGACAUUCCUAGAUAUGCGCAACCAACAGGUCGUUGACGAGACAGCCCUCAAUUUCAUAAUGGCCCGAGUGGGAAUACCUCUUGCCAAAGUGGCAAAUGCCAUGGGCUUGGCAUGGUUUAAAAUGCCCAUGUCGUGGGCGAGCAAAAUGCACGCGCUGGUCAACAAUCCUUCUGCGCUCCGAGUAUUUCUCAAGGACAAGUCGUCGGCGGGAUCCAUGGCGUCUAUGCGGUUUCUGGCGACGUAUGCCAAUUAUCAACCUGCAGUGGAAUAUGAGGACUUUGAUGUGUGUCCAGUGUUAUUAACGCAGCCGGCAGAUGACAAAUGGACACCUUUGCAUUUGAGUGAGCUCGUUUUAGGGAGGAUGAACAAGGUCCAAACCCGGAUCGUUGAGUUGGAGGGAGCUGGGCAUUAUCCAAUGGAAGAUAGGGGAUUGCAGCAGAUGGCAGAUGCUAUCAUUGAGUUUCUGAAGAAGUUGGAAGAAUAA